GUAUAACGAAAGAGUCAACAUGUUCAAUUUUUUCCUAUUUAUUUUAUCGUUUCUGGUGGAACUUCCUACGAGGGAACCUGAGCGGCCUCCAGCAAACGGACAAAAUCACGAGGAAGUUCGCGACUUUGAAUUUUUUGAUACCCUUCCUAACCAUUUAAACGGUCACGAAGAGGUGGUUGACCUGCCAGACGAGUGGCUCCAACACCCUGCCCCACAGAUGUCCAGGAUUCUUAGCCACAUUAACAUCGGCAAAGUAAGAGGUCCUGAAUAUUUCUUCUAUCCGGGGAUUGGGGACCACUUCUGGUUCGUCACUACCGGAAUUCGGGUAAGGCCCGCUGUUCCGGUAGCAGAGAUUCAAGAGGGAAGGCGACUAUUCCGUCCGCGAGAUCCUCCUGCCCCAUUGCGGAGACCUCACAACCCUCCUCGGUGAAAGUGAAAGUGGAAAUGUAGACAGUUUUU